GUGCUGGGGCGCACGCUGCGGGCCUCGCUGCGCGAGCUCGGCCUCCUCGGCCUCUUCCUCCUCGUGGGCGUGGUGCUCUUCUCGAGCGCCGUGUACUUCGCCGAGGCCGAGGCGCCCGGCGCCGCCUUCGGCUCCAUCCCCGAGAGCUUCUGGUGGGCCGUGGUGACCAUGACCACGGUGGGCUACGGGGACAUGGCGCCGGUGACGGUGGCGGGGCGGCUGGUGGGCUCGCUGUGCGCGCUGGCCGGCGUGCUCACCAUCGCGCUGCCCGUGCCCGUCAUCGCCUCCAACUUCAGCCACUUCUACCGGCGGGAGCUGCGCGGCGGCGGCGACGACGACGGCGACGAGGAGCUGGAGGAGGAGUCAACGGCGCCGUGA